GCCCCCGCUUCCCGCGCGCCCGCGCGCCUCGCCGCGCGCUCCCGGCCUCUCACCGCGCCUGCCUCUGGCCACCGCGAGUCCGGAGCUGGGUGCGCUACGUCUAUGCGGCCCUGGGCUGGCGGCCGCAGCACCGCGCGGGUGGGUGGGAUCGCGGCGGAACUCCGAGCGCCGAAGUACGGGCGGGAGAGCGCCAUGGUGGCGGCAUCCGGUCCCCGCACCGCGAAGACGUGAGGGUCCGCCUCUUCAAAGCGAGGAGGCCACAGCUGCUCACUUGCUUUCCACAAGGGCCGCGGCUCCGGCAUGGCCGGGAUCAUUAAGAAGCAGAUCCUGAAGCACCUGUCCCGGUUUACUAAGAAUCUUUCCCCAGACAAAAUCAAUUUGAGCACCCUGAAAGGGGAGGGUCAACUGACCAACCUGGAACUGGAUGAAGAGGUUCUACAGAAUGUGCUGGAGCUGCCUACCUGGUUAGCCAUCACUCGAGUCUACUGCAACAGGGCCUCCAUCCGGAUCCAGUGGACAAAGUUGAAGACACACCCAAUUUGCUUGUGUCUGGAUAAGGUGGAGGUGGAGAUGAAGACAUGUGAGGAGCCUCGGCCUCCCAAUGGACAGUCUCCCAUAGCCCUCGCUUCAGGACAGAGUGAGUAUGGCUUUGCUGAAAAGGUGGUGGAAGGGAUGUUCAUCAUCGUCAAUUCCAUCACUAUCAAGAUUCACUCCAAGGCCUUCCACGCUUCUUUUGAAUUGUGGCAGCUCCAGGGCUAUAGUGUCAACCCCAACUGGCAGCAGAGUGACCUCCGCCUCACCCGCAUCACCGACCCCCACCGAGGAGAGGUUUUAACAUUUAAGGAAAUAACUUGGCAAACACUUCGGAUUGAGGCAGAUGCAACAGACAGUGGUGAUCAGGACCUGGUUACCACCCCCCUGAGGCUCAUUACCAACCAAGGCAGGAUCCAGAUAGCCCUCAAGAGAAGAACCAAAGAUUGCAAUGUGGUAGCCUCCAAGCUGAUGUUCCUGUUGGAUGACCUGCUCUGGGUGCUGACUGACUCGCAACUCAAGGCUAUGAUGAAGUAUGCAGAGUCACUGAGUGAGGCCAUGGAGAAGUCAGCCCAGCAGAGAAAGAGCCUGGCCCCUGAACCUGUACAGAUCACCCCGCCUGCUCCCAGUGCUCAGCAGUCCUGGGCCCAGGCAUUUGGUGGCAGCCAGGGCAGCAGCAGCAGCAGCAGCAACCGACUCAGCCAGUACUUUGAGAAAUUUGAUGUGAAAGAGUCCUCCUACCAUCUGCUCAUCUCCCGCCUGGACCUGCACAUUUGUGAUGAUAGCCAGUCCCGAGAGCCAGGUGUCUCUGCAAACAGACUCAUGGGUGGUGCCAUGCAGCUUACCUUCCGCAAGAUGGCAUUUGACUAUUACCCCUUCCACUGGGCAGGUGAUAGCUGCAAACACUGGGUACGACACUGUGAAGCCAUGGAGACCCGAGGCCAGUGGGCCCAGAAACUGGUGACGGAAUUUCAGAAUAAAAUGGGGAAUUGGCAUGAAGAGAUGGGUCUGAAAUCUCCUUGGCACCCGAGGGUAGACUCUCCUUUCAGGAGGAAAGCAGAUUCUCUCUCCAGUCCUCGAAAGAACCCCCUUGAGAGAAGCCCCCCUCAAGGCCGGCAUGCUGCCUUUCAGCCUCCAGCAUGGAAUCGCUUACGUUCUAGCUGCAUGCUAAUACGGGUGGACGACUUGGACAUCCACCAGGUUUCUACAGCUGGACAGCCCAGUAAGAAGCCAUCUACACUCCUUUCUUGCAGUCGGAAACUUCACAACCUACCCACUCAGGUCUCUGCUAUUCAUAUUGAGUUCACAGAAUAUUAUUUCCCUGAUAAUCAGGAGCUUCCAGUUCCCUGUCCCAAUCUCUACAUUGAGUUAAAUGGUCUGACAUUUACUAUGGAUCCUGUCAGCUUGCUUUGGGGAAACCUCUUCUGCCUGGAUUUAUACCGUAGCUUGGAGCAGUUCAAAGCUAUCUACAAACUGGAAAAUUCAAAUCAGAAAGAUGAACACUUGGACAUCCGACUGGAUGCCCUCUGGUUGAAGGUGAGUUUUCCGCUAGAGAAGAGAGAGCAGGCUGGGUUGUAUCGGCCCCAGGCCCUUGUCUUCUCUGCAUCAGGUAUGACUGCCACCAAUACACGUCAUGCUCCACACUGUAGCUGUCCAGACUUCCGCAGUCUCUUCCAGGGAUUUGAUGCUGCUGAGUUCUUCCAUUCCAGUUAUGUUCAGUUCCCCAAGGUUCCAGGUGGCUUCAGCCUCCUGCACAUGCUUUUUUCACAUCAUGCCUUCAAGAUGGAUUCCAGCCUCCCUCAUCCUAAUACCUUACCUCCCCAGAGGCCUAAGGCUUCCCAGGAUCUUUGGUCCAUCCACUUCCCCCAGAUCUCCUUGGACUUUGAGGGAACAGAGAACUUCAAAGGCCGUACCUUUAAUUUUGUGGCACCCUUCCCCUUGUCCAUUUGGGCCUGCCUGCCCCUUCGCUGGCAGCAAGCCCAGGCACAAAAGCUCCUUUUGGCUGCAGAAGGGAGGCUGAAACCUUCAGCCAGCUUUGGCAGUUCUGUUCAGUCCGAGGCCCUUGCCCCUAAUACCGUGUCCCAUCUGAGAUCAAAGACUGAGCAUGAUUUGAAAAGCCUGGUAGGCCUUAUGGAAGACAUGGAAAUUCUGAGAGAAGGCAGUGGUGGCGCGGACAACAAAGAGCUUCUGACAGAGCAGGAGGAUGUGGCAGAUGUUCACGUUCUUGUACAUUCCCCUGAACAUGUCCGUGUGAGGCUUGACCACUACCAGUACUUGGCUCUGCUCCGCCUGAAGGAGGUGCUACAGGGUCUUCAGGAGCAGCUGACUAAGGAUACAGAGGCCAUGACUGGGUCUCCCCUGCAGGACCAGACAGCUUGCAUUGGGGUCCUCUUCCCUACUGCUGAGGUGGCGCUGCUCAUGCAUCCUGCCCCUGGUGCUGCGGAAGCUGACUCUGCAGGUUCAGAUACCACCAGCCUUAUAGAUUCAGAGCUGUCUCCUUCAGAGGAUCGGGAGCUGAAGUCUGAUGCCUCCUCAGACCAGGGCCCAGCGAGCCCUGAGAAGGUUCUGGAGGAUAGUGGCAUUGAAAAUCCAGAUGCAUCCCAGGAUAGGCCAUUGUUUCUCCAUAGUAAUGGAGAAUUGCAGGACUCAGAUUCUGUUGCACAGCAGUUGGCAGGAAAGGGCCGUGAGGCGGUCGAUUCCCUACAGGCCAAGAGACUGAGCAGAGCCGAAGCGUCUAGCUCAUCAGCUGCUCUGAAGUCCCCAGGCGUUAGGGAUAUUGCUGCGAAUGGACAGGGUGAGAUUUUGCCCUUGAAGAACAUUGAGGGAGAAUUGUCAAGUGCUAUUCACAUGACCAAGGAUGCCACCAAGGAGGCUCUUUAUGCCACCAUGGACCUCACCAAGGAAGCUGUGUCUUUGACUAAAGAUGCCUUCAGUCUGGGCAGAGACCGAAUGACCUCCACCAUGCACAAGAUGUUGUCCCUGCCCCCAGCCAAGGAACCCAUUGCCAAGAUAGAUGAAGGGGUGGCAGCCCCAGUGAGUGGAGGUGCUGCGCGAUUCCGAUUUAUGUCCAUGAAGAGGACAGUAUCUCAGCAGUCAUUUGAUGGUGUCUCACUGGAUAGCAGUGGCCCUGAUGACCGGAUUUCAGUAGACAGCGAUGGCAGUGAUAACUUUGUGAUGCUCUUGGAGUCUGAGUCUGGCCCAGAAUCUCUUCCACCAGGAUCUCUUCCAAAUGCCUUGUAUAGUGCUGGUGUUCAAGGGAGCCCUGUUGUGGAUAGUUAUGACCAGGGGUCACCGGAGGCCAACAGUUUGGUCUCACCCAGUGGGGAAGACCUCAAUUUUCACCCGGUCUCAGUUCUGGUUCUCAAAGUGGAUGAAGUAUGUUUUGGGAUUGAGGUACGUGGGGAGGACCUGACUGUGGCCCUGCAAGCAGAGGAACUGAGCCUCCAGCAGCUGGGCACCGUGGGACUCUGGCAGUUUCUGCAUGGACAGUGCCUGGGUACGAGCUUUCAAGAAUCCUCAACUUUGAAGACUUGCCACAUCAGGCCAGCUGUGGGCCUUCGCUUUGAGGUGGGGCCUGGUGCAGCUGUUCAUUCCCCGCUGGCCACAAAGAAUGGCUUUCUGCACUUGUUGCUUCAAGGCUGUGAUCUUGAGCUGGUCACCUCUGUGCUCAGUGGUCUGGGGCCCUUCUUAGAGGAUGAGGAGAUGCCAGUGGUAGUUCCCAUGCAGCUUGAGCUCCUGAACUCCAGGAUCACCCUAAAGGAUGAUAUCCCCCCCAUCUAUCCUACGUCUCCAGGCCCCAUCCCCAUCACUCUGGCCAUGGAGCAUGUUGUGCUGAAGCGGAGUGACGAUGGUGUAUUCCAUGUAGGCGGUGCUGCUCAGGACAGAACAUCAGCUGAAGUGUCUAAAAGUGAGAAGAGACAGCCCCCAAAAGAACAGGUGUUUUUGAUGCCCACAGGGGAGGCUUUGGGACAGCAGGUGAAAGAACUGACUGCCCUACAAAAGGAACUGAUAGAAACUAAACAAGCAUUGGCCAAUGCCAACCAGGAUAAAGAAAAACUUCUUCAGGAGAUUAGGAAAUAUAACCCCCUCUUUGAGCUCUGAUAGCAGUGGCUCAGCCAUCUGUGCCAAGGAGAAAGGAGAUCACCAGCAAUACCACCACCUAUGACAGAAGGCAGCCUCCAGUGUUGAAUGAGUAGGCCUAGGAUGCCAGAGGAACCUGGGAGUGCUUAACUCACUCCUUUCUGCCAGCUGUUCUAAUUUGGAUGGCAUAUAGGGCAAAGCACGGCCAAGUUCCAGGAAAUUGGGGGCAGCUUUGUGUGUGGCUCAAGCAUCAUGUCUUGCCUAGAUAAAGCCUUUUGGUCCUCUACACACCAGGUGGAAUUUUCUCCACACUAUAGAGCCAUUUCACCACCUGGUUUCAUGAGAGACAUUUGCCGCCUCCACAACCUGUGUGAACAAGGGAAAGUACUCACCACCUCAGUCACCCACAGAGCCACCAAAGAUUCUAUAUCCUAAAGCUUCCUGUAGCAGACCUAAACAGUCUUUGGCCUGAACUCUGACCAUGGUCGUAGAGUCGAACGGGAAACAGCCAGCAGAGGCACAAGAAUAAGGGGUACUGGGACCCUGCUUGUUUUAGAAAGGGAACCAAGCUCAUAUCAUCUUGGCUGAUAUUACAAUCAGAGUUUUCAGGGUGAAGCUUCCUUUGUUCUGCUUUCAUUAUUGUGAUGCUGUCGUAGAAAGUAAACAACAGUAGUGAUUCAGUUGUAUCAUCUUUCCCUUCUACAACACAAUGUAUUUGAAAUUUAAGUCAAGAAAAAAGUAUUCAUUCUGAGCUAGGUUGAAGGCACGACAUGGUAGGGAUCAAUAGGGGGCUUGAUUCUGAGCCCCAGGUGCCCCCCUAGAGUCCUGUCUGUCUUCCAUGGCUGUACCUCAGGGGUGGUUUCUUCUGUCUUCCUGGGGUCCCUAGCACAUCUGUUUCCCCAGCACGAUGACUUUCUACCAGCAUUCUCCUUAGAACUUGGUUUGGGAUCUGAAAAUGAGUUUUAAACUGUAACAAACAUCUCAAUCUUUGCGUCUCACUCCCCUCUAUAACUGUGGCUUUUUAAAAUCAUGCAAUUUUUGAUGUAAGUUAAAAAAAUACCCUUCAACCUAUGAAGGUUUUGCCUCUGCCCCCCAAAAGUACAACUUCCUCUUCCUCAUCCUCCUUUUUUUUUUAAACCUAAUUCUUCCCUAAUGCUCUAACUUCAUCUGUAAUGUUUUGUAUACUUCAAGCUGUGUUAAUUGGACAGAAAUUCAUCAGCUAAGUCACCUUGAACUGGCAGGAUUGUAAACUAGUGAUUCAGUAGUGUCAGUAAAGUCUUAAUCACAUAUGACCUAUUGAAGGAAAGAUACAAUGUUUUCCCUAUGGGGAAAUUUUGCUUGAUUUGUAUAUUGUAGAUUUUUGAUG